GGUCAGAGCACAGAGCGCACGGAGGAGGACAGGGGCAGGCAGUGGCAAGGACUUCAGCCGAUACCGCUGCCGGAGGCGGUGACUUCUGUGUCCCUCGGGGAGGCUGGCGAUGGAUUUCGACAGCAACUUCACGAAUAUCUCCACCCUCUUCGACCCCAGCGAAGACCCCUUCUUCCCCAACGCCACCUGCCACCCGGAUGUCCACGCCUACCGCUACUUCGGCGCCUCGCUGGGGAUCCUGGUGACGCUGGUGGGCACCGUCGGCAACGUCCUGACCCUGCUGUCCUUCGCCGCCGAGCCACGCUUGCGGACCCGCUUCAACGCCCUGAUCCUGAACCUGACGGCGUCGGAUCUGCUGUACUGCGCCUUCCUCCAGCCCGUGACGUCCACCACCUUCAUUCGCAACGGCUGGAGGUCCGGCCCCGGGGCCUGCCGCCUGACGGGCCUCCUCAUCUUCGUGGCCAAUGCCGUGUCCAUCUUCAACCUGAUCCUCAUCGCCGGUAGCCGCUACGCCCUCAUCGCCAACCCCCGGGCCUACGACCGCAUCUUCCAGCAACGGACAAUGCCGUUCUUUGUGGUCCUGCCCUGGGCCCUGGGCCUGGCACUCUUCGGCCCCCUCUGGCCCAUCUACGUCUUCCUGCCCACGGUGUGCACCUGCAGCUUCCACCGGCAGCGGGGAAAGCCCUACACCACAGUGCUGAUGUUCUUCAUGUUUGUCGUGGGCCUGGGGUGCAUUGGAGUCUUCUACUACCUCAUUGACCGCAGGGUAAAAGCUGCCUCCCGCGCCCUGGAGCUGCACCGGCGUGGCAGGGGCGAGGCCGCUGGGAAGGGCAGGCCUCAGGCCUCGGCCGAGCUCUCCUCCUCCUGUCCUGGGCCCGACGGCCGCCAGGGCGAGGCCGGGGACGAUAGGCCUCAGGCUCCCCCGGGCACGGGGGUCCCCGCGCCGGCCCCCCCGCCCUCCCCCCAGCCCCCAGGCCGCAAGGCCCGGACCAAGAGCGGGCCUCAGGCUCCGCCGUCGCUAGGCCCGGACAGCGGCUACGCCGACGAGGCCUCCAGGGCGACGGAAGGGACCAGCGUGGGGGAUGAGGAGUCGUUCCCCGGCCCAGGCCGGGAGGCGGAGGCGGGCGGGGGAAAGAAGGGAGGGAAGGAGGCAGCCCGCCCCGGGCCCGGGUGCGCGGCCCGGGGCGGCAGCACAGAGUUCCACAAAGUGACUCGCAUGUGUUUCGCCAUGUUCCUGGUCUACAUCAUAUGCUACAUGCCUUUCUGCAUCCUUCACGUCUUGGACUCCAAGAAACGAUUCCCGGUCCUGCUCCACAUGGUGGCCGGGAACUUCUCCUGGCUGAAUAGCAGCAUUAACCCCAUCCUCUAUGCUGUCAUGAACCGGCAGUUCCGCGAGGCCUACCAGAAGGUGCUGCUCAAGGCCUUUGGGCUGUGCCGGAGGCACUAGGCCCCGAGGCUGGUCCUACUCUCCUCCCGCACCCACCCUCCCCAUCCUACCCCCUCUCUUCCAGCUCCC